CUCACAUCUAUCGUCUCAUGUCCUUGCAAAGAAACACAAAAUUCUCCUCACUUACUUACUGGGCCUGUCCAAGCCAAGUUCAUGUCCAGCCAAGGAGUCGGCUGCAGUCAAAACAAGAACCAGCCCAGAGCCCAGCCGAAGCUUCAUCGACUUGGAAAACGCCAUCUGAUUGGACACAUCUAGCUAUGAACAGAACCACACGUGAUAUCUAACCUCAACAGGAAGGUGUUUAACAUCGGGAUGCAAUCCUCUCCUCAUAUGACCAUGACCUUCUGAGUUCCCGAACAGCCAGCAUGAAAACGGUGACUCUGUGCGUGUGUGGCUGCAAGCCAUAAGCCAUACCGCAAGCCCUCGGUCGGCAAUUGACGGGAUCAUCCUCAACUGCAAAGCUACAGUAGUACUGUACAGUGUACGGAGGUACAGUACAAAGGUCCCCUGUCGUGCGUCCAUGCCACCAUACACCUUUGUUUCGUCAAUAAUCACCGUCGGAUGCGGGGUGCAAAAGCUGGGGUUCGAGGCAUUCAGUUCCAUUCGCUGCUGCAUCCCUAUCUCGAAAUGUUCGAAAUAUGAUUGGAUUGAAGUGUUGAUGCGGUUCUUCAUGGCUGUCAGGUGUCUGUUGUUCUCGGGCCAAGACUCGGCCAAUUCGAACUCUGAUGCGGAUAAGAGAAGUGGGGAGUGGGGCAACCGACGUAAAAAAUUCUGAGAUAGCUGCGGGUAGGAGGAGGCGACUCGAGCACCAGUCAAGGGGCAAGAGAUGGAUGGGACAUGCGCAGGAGAUGGCGGGGGAGACGAAGUCAAUUCCAUGAGAAGGAUAUUCGGUACUUGUUGUCGACUAACCGGGUUGACACAUAGGGAGAGAUUAACUACUUCCAGACUACAUAGGGACUGGCAAUGAAGAUCCAAGCAUAAUAAGAGGGGUCAACUCCCCGGAUUUAUGUGAGCUUUUUUCUCUUCUUCCCCUCACUCUUCUCCUCUUCUACUGCACUCCAUCAUCCCCUGCGCGGCUCCUCCACAUACGCACCUCUGUCCUAAUUCGUGCAUCGAGGCACCCCAUUCUUGAGAGCUUUCACGAAUUGAGACUGGAAGGCUGAAGAUCAAAAGAUCUGCUGCUUGUGUAGCUUUGCAUUGAGCUGUCUAGAAACAGUCCUCUCUGCCCCUCUCGCAGUAUAUCAAUCAACGGACUGCCAACUGUAGACGACAGGGGCUUUGUCCUCACCUAUUUACGAAGCUCUUUCUCUCAACCUUCAUUACACCAUUGCUCCUACCACCAGAUCCUCUAUCUUUCAGGAACACUACCGACUAUCGACCAUGGACACCAACACUAGCACCAGACCCGACACAAUCGACCCCUCCUCCUCUCCUCCUGCCGAGCACUUUGCCCCUAAAGACAACUUCGACCACACGAAAUCCAUGAACGAAGUUAUCCACAAUGCGCGGAAUGCUACCGAUAAGGAACAUUCUAUGACUUUGUGGCAAGGUCUGAAGCUGUAUCCGAAGGCAGUGGGAUGGAGUGUUCUGAUCAGUACUUGUAUUGUUAUGGAGGGGUAUGAUUUGUGCUUGCUGAGUAGCUUUUACGCUUUCCCUCAAUUCAACCGCAAAUACGGCAAGCAACUCCCCAACGGAGAUUACCAGAUCCCCGCUCCAUGGCAAGCUGGUCUCAGCAACGGUGCCAAUGUAGGAGAAAUUAUCGGUCUCUUCAUUAACGGUUACGUCUCAGAACGCUUCGGAUAUAGAUAUACGGUCAUGACUUGCCUUACCCUGAUUAUUGCUUUCACGGCUAUUUUCUUCACGGCGCAGACGGUUGUGCACUUACAGGUUGCGGAGGUGCUUUGUGGCAUUCCGUGGGGUGUCUUCCAGACUUUGACCAUUACAUACGCUUCUGAAGUCUGCCCCGUCGCUCUCCGUGGCUACCUGACCACCUACGUAAACUUCUGCUGGGGUCUCGGACAAGUCAUUGGUAUUGGAGUUGUCAAGUCCAUGUUACCUCGUAACGACGAGUGGGCUUAUCGCAUCCCCUACGGCCUUCAGUGGAUGUGGCCCGUUCCUCUUCUUAUCGGUGUAGCUCUCGCUCCUGAAUCACCAUGGUGGCUUGUCCGUAAAGGCCGAACUGAGGAUGCGAAGAAGGCUCUUUUGAGAUUGACAAGUUUGAAUAAAGAGACGGACUUCGAUGCUGAUGAGACGAUUAGUAUGAUGGUUCAUACUACAGCUUUGGAAGAGAAGAUCACCAAAGGCACCACUUAUCUCGACUGCUUCAAAGGCACCGACCGCCGGCGCACCGAAAUCGUCUGCAUGGUCUGGGCAAUCCAAAAUCUCUCAGGAAACUCCUUCUCCGGCUAUUCCACGUACUUCCUCCAACAAGCUGGUCUCGAGACCUCCAAAGCCUUCGAUUUCUCCCUUGGCCAAUACGGAAUCAACAUGGUCGGCGUCUUCGGCGCCUGGUUCCUCAUGUCCUGGGGAAUCGGUCGGCGUGCUCUCUAUUUGUAUGGUCUCUGCGGUCUCUGUGCCAUGCUUUUCAUCAUGGGUUUCCUCGGCCUCGUCCCUGAAGCCCAUCGUAAGCAGAGCUCGCUGGCUACUGGAUCCAUCAUGUUAGUCUGGGCGCUGUUCUACCAGCUCUCCGUUGGCACAGUCUGCUAUUCCCUCGUCGCCGAAUUGUCCACUCGUCGCCUCCAAAUCAAAACCGUCGUCCUCGGCCGCAACCUGUACAACGUCGUCGGCAUAAUCUGUUCCGUGCUCACUCCCUACAUGCUCAACCCAGGCGAAUGGGACUGGGGCAAUUUCGCAGGAUUCUUCUGGGCGGCAAUCUGCUUCUGCUGUAUUGUGUAUACGUACUUCCGGGUUCCAGAACCAAUGGGUCGCAGUUUCGCGGAGCUGGAUUUACUUUUUGAGAGGGGCGUUAGUGCGAGGAAGUUUAAGACGACCGAUGUGGAUGUGUUUGCCGAGGAGGUGGAUGAGAGGACUUUGGGCGCGUAUGAGGAGAAGCUGGAGGUGAGGCAUUUGGAGAUGGAGAGUGCUGCUGCUGCUGGGGUGAAGUCGUGAAGUCAUAAUUCUUGAAGAACGGAUUAGCGAUGGACCGGCGGUGUUAAUGGGAUAGUUGGCUAAUUCGGAUUGCCUUUUUAUUGUAGGGUCGCCCCUUGGCCUGAGCGCCAGCCCUAUACUGCUUACUUAACUUUAAUAUUCUUGUAAAUAUUCUUCUCGAUCUUUACAUCAUUUUCUGAUGUUUAUUGCUUUCAAGGUCUCACGACGAUGAUGCUACUUCUGCGGGCAUUACUUGAAUUAUUGCUUCGCUAAUCAAACUAUGGGUAUAAAGUCGGGGAUUUUGGCUUCAGCGUAGCUUCAAGUAGCAGACAGAAAAGGUGUCAGAGAGGGGUGGAUUAAUAGUUGGGUGUACGGGGAGAUGGAUAUGUGACAACUCCAAGCGAACGGGGAGGGGGUGAAUGUUGGGCGGCUAGUGAGGUGGCAAGAAAGAUAUAGUAUCAGAAUAUCACAACCUAUAAUUGGACAUUGAC